AUGGACAUCAACAUAGAACCUGGCUAUGGUAGAACCAGAAACCCAGACAUGGUCCUUGUCAGCUGCCCGGGCUUGGAUGUCACCAUGGCCCCAGGGCCUGUUCUCGGUUGCUUUGAGGUUGCAGCUGCUCCAUGGUGGUUACCUGUCAAAGGCGCUAACUGGAGGCACCCAGAGGGCCCAGACUCCAGUAUUCUGCACAGGCCAAAUCACCCGGUUCUCCAUGUCUCCUGGAAUGACGCCAUUGCCUACUGCACGUGGGCAGGGAAGAGGUUGCCCACGGAGGCAGAGUGGGAGUACAGCUGUAGAGGAGGCCUGCACAACAGGCUUUUCCCCUGGGGCAACAAGCUGAAGCCCAAAGGCCAGCACUAUGCCAACAUUUGGCAGGGUGAGUUUCCUGUGACCAACACCGGGGAGGAUGGCUUCCAAGGAACUGCGCCUGUUGAUGCCUUUCCUCCCAAUGGCUAUGGCUUGUACAACAUAGUGGGGAACGCGUGGGAGUGGACCUCAGACUGGUGGACCGUUCACCAUUCUGUUGAGGAAACACUCAACCCAAAAGGUCCUACUUCUGGUAAAGACCGAGUGAAGAAAGGUGGCUCCUACAUGUGCCAUAAGUCCUAUUGCUAUAGGUACCGCUGUGCAGCUCGAAGCCAGAACACUCCAGAUAGCUCUGCAUCCAACCUGGGAUUCCGUUGUGCAGCCGACCACCUUCCCACUGUGGACUGACAGCCAAGAGGAGCCUUUCCAGAUCCAGGACAUUGUUUCUGAUGUGCAACUGGCUUCCCCCAAACUUCGAACUGAUCUCGUAUAAAGAAUUCCCACCUGAAGAGAGUUCCAUGUCUGCCCAGUAGCCAAAGGCCCCGUCGUGCGUGACCAAACUGCUGCCCAUCAGUGCUCGUGCUUUACCGUGUGGUGCGUCUCUGGGGAUCAUCGCCGUGCUUUACUUUGAGAACCUUUGAAGAGGGGGGAGAGAGCAGAGAACCUUGACGUCCUGCCCAGACUCUGCCACAGGGUUAGACCCUGGGGUCUAGGACUUCAUCUGCCUGGGCUCUGUCCCGUCAUCAAAUGAGGGGAUGGACAACAUGGUCUCUGAGGCUCUCUCCAACCCACAGAUUCUGUGCGUAAUAGCAGAGUGUAUUGUGAUUGCAUAGUGAGAAUUUAUGACAGAUUAUUUUUUAGCUAUUUUUUUGCCAUGUGUGAACCUUGGGUAAUACUAAUCGUAUAAGGUGAGCAUCCUCUUCUGUAUUAUUUUCAGGAAAGGGUAGGGUGUGAGUCUUUUGUAUUCCUACUGCACUUUGUUCUUUUGAGGAAAUCAGUGUCUUUUACAUUGUUGUGACAAAUCCCAUGUGGGCCAGUGAUGGGACACUCAAGUUCAGAGUUCUGAACACACAGGAAUGUCUGUGGAGUGACUCUACUGUCCCUUAUCUUUUAACAUCAAGUGCCUUUGGCUCAGAGGGACAGUUUGAAGCCCUGUUUCCCCUUCGCCUCCAAGCCUUCAGAGAAUGUGAAAUGUAUACUAAUCAGAGAAACUGCUAAAUUCUAGAUAUAAGGGAAAAAAAACCAGGGCCUUGAAUAGACUACAUUCAGGGUACUUGGUAUAUUAUACUAGAGAGAUGGGAUAUCUUGUUGACUCUGAGAUACCAGAUGCUUUGAGUCGUGCACUAUGUCAAAUAAACUGGUACCCCAAGUCA